AUGAUAGUUGGCCAGUUGUUAAUCCCUAUUCCAGUCCUUGGUGGCAUAAUUGGAGCUGUACUUGGUUAUUUAUCAGGCCAUUUCGCCUCAAAACUGCUCACUGAAUUUGGCCUCACAGAAUUUCUGGCUGAACAUAUAGACAACUGGUUGUCUCCUGAUAAACCCGCUGAUUAACUCGAUUAGGAGUGUUCUUACACCAAUGAGAGUGCUCCUUUCUCGAGGUACUUCAUAUAUCUAUCAUCACUUGUAACUUGGGAGAGAAGCUGCUUAAAGGCGCUGUGUCACGAAAUUCAGUCAAAUUAGGUAUUACAAAAUGCCCGUUAAAUCCAAGAGAAACAUAAAAAUAACCGCUUAAACAUUAAAGGAAGGUCAAAAUAACACAAAAGAUACAACAGAUGCCACGGAUGGACAAAACUGAAGAAGAUUGAAACGGAUUGAAAUUAGAGUUUUUGAAAACUGUUCAGCGUAACAGUUUUUCAAAGUUUAUCUCUGUUGUUUGCAACUUCAAAAAUAAUGUUCAGGAGACAUAUCAGUGUUUGUCUCGAAUCUCUUACUUUGUCAUUUACUUGUAAUUUCUUUACUUACUUUAAGUUCCAUAGCGAUUGAGGGCGAGUAGUGGGCGAAAUUAAACUUAAUGAUCUGGACUGCCGUGACACAGCUUCUUUAAGUAAAGGCGUUUUUAAGCGACGUACGUCAACCAGAAGUGAGGCCUUUUCCUUUAUUAUAGACAUACUAAGAAAUACUAAAAUACGUAAAUUUUCUUAUGAUAUGACUUGACGCUACCAAAUUUGUAUUGCUAAGUGUCUUUACUUUCGUAGAGACGAUUUUGGCCGAAAAUGUGGGCUAAACCAUGCCCAUGAAUGAAAAAGGUCCACUUCUUGUUGACGCGCGUCGCUUAGAAACGUCUUUGCUUGAGCUCCCUACUGUUUAUAACGCACGAACUGGACACGUGCCUGUGUCACCCUUGCGCUCUUCGCUAGAGCGAUUUUCGUAUGACCUUGAAAUUAAAACGCGCGAACAAAACAGAAACAACAAACGAACGGAAAUAAAGCAAUUUAUUUGGUUUAUUGAACGGAUACAGACGUGCGUUUCUUUUGGUUGGUUAAGCAAACGCUCGGGUGAAAAAACUUCAUGCCCGAGAACUUUCUAGAAAUCAAUCGAUACUUCGCUUUGACGUCAUACUGCAACACGAUUGGCCAAUCGAACAAUGCCUUUUCCAUAUGAGGGUUUUCUUUGGGGGAAAUAGUUUCAAUUUGUGUUGGAACGCGACUUCCGAUACUCGAUUUUCCUUUUCGCCAUUUGCGCUGUAACUUUGCCUUUAGCCAACGCGAUGAUUAAGGCGGAUAGAGGUCGUCACUAUCGUCAAGUUGUCUUUGCCAAAUCUACCUUAUAGUAAAGAUGAUGUGAGCAGCCUGAAAGCUCAUCGUAUGAUAUUGAAAUAGCAGUCCCAAGAAUAACACUUUUCUACAUUUAUCGGCUUGAAGUUAUAAUUUAUGACAUUGUAGUAUGUACAGCGGUGGUUAGCUCGAAAGCUAAGCUCCUCUGACCACCGCACACUUCUAUCCAAGCCAUUAAUUUUCUUUUUUCCUUUUUCUUCUUCUUUAUUAGUGUAUUCCUACCUUGCUAUAUGUAAUGUAAAUAUUUUAUAAAACUGUGAAUAAAAUAGAAUUGAAUUGAAACCUAGAAGGGGCUAAACGCAAAGAAUCAUCGGUAAAAAAUUGAAACCAAAAAAAAAACUAAAUUUUACCCUUGUUUGUUUAGAAUAAGGUUUUAAAACUUGCACCAUAAGAGACAACGGGUUUGAAUAGUCUGUUCCAAACAUUCAGAAAUGGACAGCGACGCAGAGAGCGUUAGAGAGAGAAAGAGGGCUAUUACUUUUAUGUACUUCGUCGUUUGUUUAUUUUAUUUUUUGAAGGCUUACUCUAGCCAUUUGGUUUUCUAGGGGGCGGGGUAGGGGGGAGAUGUGCUGCCUGAUUCUCCAAAUCCCGACCCUAUUUUAGACCAAAAAAUGUCAUUUUCCACACCCGUUUUCAGACCCGGAGGUGGUCUCGAAACGCAACAUUACGAGUUUACAUAAAACAGAAAUUAUUUCAUCAUUGCAACAAAAACAUUUCUUAAAAUCCAUUUGGAAUUCGCAUAUUACAUGCUCUUUCUUUCUAUACCCGUUUUCCGACCAAAGCGACCCAAAAACCCUAUCUUUUGGGACGGUACAUUCCUAUAUGGCCUAUAUAAGGGAGUAAAAUGUUCAGCUAAAUCUGAGGGUGAUUUACAAGUUUCAUGUAACUAAAAGUUUCCUUUGUUUCUUCAGCGGCCAUUAAUGCUGCUCGAGACCUGCUGCGGUCGACAAACCGCGUCCUAUCUUUGUUAUGGGGUAAAAGAUAAAGACUAGUGGUUAUUUUCCCUGUUGGGAAAAUUUUUCUUUCUUUUUACGCAAACUGCUUGCCUCGUUUUUACGUUAAAACCACGUGAUAUGUCAAACACGGUCUCUGUUGCCUUAACCCUUUCAGCCCUAAGAGUACAAAAGUGAUCAGCAUGAAAUUUCUCCAAAUAAUAUCAUUGCUUUAGAAAACAGAGUGGUCAUGAGAAUUGAGGUCAUGAUCAAGGAAGAUGUGUGCAACUGAUAUAUUGUACAAAUUCUCCCCACUACUUCUAUUGAAAAAGCUUAGGGACAGUAAAUGAGAAUCUCAGUUUUCAUAUUAGGGUUUAAAGGGUUAAAGCCAUGUGAUACAGUUGAACCUCUCCACAACGGCCAUCUUGGGGAAAGAAGAAAGUGGCCGUUGUAGAGUCAGGUUUAAACAAGAGUCAAUGUAUGGACUGUCCGCCAAAAAAAUGUGGCCAUUGUAGAGAGGUGGCCGUUAGUGGAGGUUAGACUGUAUAAUACACGAAUUGGAAUCCGGAUCACUCUUUAUCGAUCUUUGAUUGCUACUAGUGUAGAUUAUUGUAUAAUGCGCCUAGUACUCAUUUCCCCCUUGCUUUGCGAGAGACAACGGAAAGAGGCUUGUAUCAAUUCAGGCGGUCUAAAUUAAAAGUACAUCAGUGCUAAUGACAAAUGAAAAAAAAAAAUGAACUGAGUCUUGAAUUUUUCAAAAACACAAGGACGUGACCAGUGAUAAAUUAAAAAAUUAGAAAAACAAAUAGUGAAAAAUGUGAUGUUUUCUCAAAAAUUAUUAUCCAGUCAACUCAGUAUGGCUGGAAAAAAACCCGCUUGUGGAAACAGUUCAAAAACAGACAGUCCUUCUUUAACACAACCUUGUGUGUUUGUUGCAGUUAAUUUUCUAUCUCAGGUAAUUUUUUUUCUUCGUUUCAACUUCGUUAGCAUACAUUACCAUAACCAAAAACAAAGGAAAAAAUAACAAUUACCUCAGAUAAAAAAUUAACCCAAUUUUUUAAAUACAAUCAUGGAUAACCAUAGCGCAAUUUUUGUUAAAGAUUAAUAUUCAACGGUUACUCUGUACUGUGAUAAAGUUCCAAGAAGUGCUGUACUUUGGGCAAGACUUUAUGUGAACUUUGAUCGUGGAUGACAACCAUACGGCCGGAUAUCGGUCUCAUCUACAGUUUAUUGACACCUAAAUGUAUUAAUUUAUCUUUAUUAAUCGACUACAAUAAGUAUUUCAAUGACGUAAUCCAAUACUACUAUUGUCAAUUGAGUCCGGUGUCCACCUAAUAGAGGGUUUUAACAAUAGAAAUUAGCCAAAUACAAUUUAUUUUAGUGUCCGCGUCCGCUUAAUAGAGGUGUCCGCUGAAUAGGGGUUCGUCAUAACGGGAAAUGCAAGACGUUAAUUUGGGGACCCGGCUUAGUGUUUGCUUAAUAGGGGGUGUCCGCUUAAAUUGGUGGAUCAGAAGUCGUUACGUAACGUUGUCAUGGUAGCAAAAUGUUUGGAUGACAACAAACCGAAAACGUCAGUUAAGAAGUGAAUUCGCACCGCUCAAACUUCAUUGAACUUAUUAAAUUUCAUUUAAUUUGGCAAAUAUUGGCGAAAUGUCCUCGGGUUGAAUCCGACAGGACCGUAUCUAAGUUAAGAAGAGAAAAAAGACAACUUUUGUGUUGUGUUCACCUACUCCAUAAAGCAAGAGUGUGAAAUUAGGAAGCUUCAUGUCGCAGGGGUACAACGACGGCAAAGAAAUGUACAAAAUAGUGUGAUGCACGUGCAAAUUUGUUGUUUUGUCAAUAAAAACAUUCUACUUUUUUUGCCGUUCUCCUUCCGUCCUGUCGCCGUCGUCGUUGGUUUUGUUGUCAUCCACAAAUAGUUCUACCAUGGUGACGUGACGUCAUACUUCUCCUCUCUAUAAUACUUUCUUUUAAAACUCAACCUUGGGUACAUAAAACGUCUUUCAUGUGAUGUCUUCUCAUUUUUUUAUCCAAUCAACAACAGCGGGAAAAACGCCUGCUUGUGGAAACAGUUCAAAGAACGCUGAAAAUUAAUGGAUGUUCAUUACUGAUCCGAGAAGUUUUCAUUCUUCUUUAGUGGUUUAAAUGAGGCAUAAGGUGCUUAAAAUCUCCGAAACCCGUUUUUAACAAUAAUCAUAGUGUAUCAUCUCUAACCAUAUUUUAUUCUAAUGCUUGCUACGUUUUUGGUUUAAUAAGGUACAAAAGUGUUUAUGAUGGUAUCACUGAAGUGGCCUAAAGGUCACAAACAGAAUUCUCGAGAAGGGCCGGUAGGAAAUACUCGGCAACACAGUCGAAACUAAGCCUCUUGUUAAGUUACUAAACGGAGCAAGACAACGUUUGGUGACGUAGCCGAGGUAGGAAAACAUCAAGGGGUUCUAACUUACUCUCACAAGGUUAGUGUGAGGAUUCCUCGAAACUUUUUUUGUUGCUUUAGAUCAGGCACCAUAAGGUACGUAUUUGGAGUCACUUGAAGUCACGAAGUCAUUUCAUGUUACAAACGCGGUAUCCACAUGGACGGUAAUAUAAUCUCAGUAGAAUGUGACGAAUUUUUCUAAAAUUAAACCGCGGGGGAAAUCCCUUUGAGAAGUAAAUAAAUAAAAGUCUUCAAAUAGACCUCCAGUCUCGCAGCUGAAGGAGAAACGUUGCUGAACUUUCGUUUUCUGACCAAUUCUUCUAAACAAGACAUGGCGCGAGCCUCCGUAGAGAUUUGGAAUUGGAUUGAGAGACUUCCAACGGAUCAGCAAAAAGAUCUUCUGCAAUGGCAACUGCAAGCUAGAGAACCAAUUCACAGCUUUAAGGACAUACGACUUGGAGAUCAUCUAGUAAGAAAAGAUUCCUUCCUUGGGCAGGUUCCAUACGAGCAUCAUUUUAUCUGCGUCGAUUUCAACGGUAAAGGCAAGCCAAUGAUUGUGCACUAUUACAAUACAGCAUGGAAAGUCAUUGCUCAGUUGAUCCCUUGUAUCUCAGCCUCUGGUUCUCCCUUUGAACAAGUGGCAGAGGUUCAGGAGAUGUGUAUUGAAAAGUACGUAAGCGAAGCCAGGCUGCAAGCAAAAGGAAAAGAGGUGGCAAGAGUUGUGUGGCCAGAGGAACUGCUCCGGUAUCCCCCAGAGGAAAGGGCCAAAAGAGCCAGGGAAAGGGCUAGGAAACAAGAAAAAUGGUACGAUUUAGAGAAGAAUAACUGCGAGACCUUAAUCAUGUGGUGCUUUUGCGAUUUACAAAUCAGCCUUCAAGUGACCGCUGCUGUUCGUUAUAUUCGUGAGGUUAUUGGUGGUGGAUAUAAUUUUCUUAAACAUUCACUUCAGCAAGUUCCAAAAGCACUUGUUGAACAGUUUGGCGACGACAUACUUCUUGCGUCGAUGCGACUAAUCAGGGCAAAGCCCGUUGCAGCAGCUCUUCCCAAAGGAAUCGGUGUCUGGGGUGGAGCAGUAGUGGCCAUUUUCGCAGAAGGUUAUCUGGCUUAUAGAGAAAUUAAGUCAGCUAAACAAAAAUGGAAGGAGGGAAUUGUCAUAAAGACCAGAAAGGAGUUUAUCAAGGAAGUCAUUGAUAGUGUUUUGUCAGCUCCUUUCCGUGCCGGUGGAAGCAUUGGUGGAAUGAUAGUUGGCCAGUUGUUAAUCCCUAUUCCAGUCCUUGGUGGCAUAAUUGGAGCUGUACUUGGUUAUUUAUCAGGCCAUUGCACCUCAAAACUGCUCACUGAAUUUGGCCUCACAGAAUUUCUGGCUGAAAAUAUAGACAACUGGUUGCCUCCUAAUAAACCCGCUGAUUAA